ACUCUUUUUUGUCUCUAUUUUUUGUCUCUAUUUUCAAUAUUUUUCAGUAAAUUUUUUUUUUAAUAAUGCUCAAUUCGUGUUUUGGUAUUUCAAAAAUAGUUUUCUCGUGUAACUUUGCUUGAUGCAUUCAACUAAUGCAGCCUCGGAAAAUACGUAAGAUUUUUUUUAUCAUCACUUUAUGUUUGAGAUUAAAGGCUUGAGAAAUGUGAGAUCACUUGAGAUCCACUCGAAAGUGUUUUUUGCUGAUCUCCCUCGAGAGCGCUUGGGAAUUUCGACUGUGUUUUGAGGAUUCUGCAGACGCUCAGAAGAGAGCCAGAGUGUGGGAUUUUCCGUGCUGCCGGUGAGUGUCAUGGCAGCAAAUGAAGCAAACACGGCGCGUUGUUGUGGCGGGAGAUUGUAUCGAAGGGUGGAGUGCGCGGAGUGCUCGCCAGUCUGCCAGUGCGUUUCAUCGGAGCUGGUGGAGCGCAGUCAGAGAAUCGUUGUCGUGCUGUGAAGGUGCGUCUCGCUUCAGUGCACUCAAGCUGCCCGGGUUCUGGUGUCACUGCUCAAGUGUUCAAGUGUCGAUCGCGGGCGAUUGCAGGAAAAGUCAGCCAAACGGCGCGCGAUAAGAAGUGACGCGAGAGUAGUGAGCAAAUAUUGCGCUGUAUUCGGGAUGUGGUGUCUUUCUGUAAUAAACGAAUCCCUGGCUCAACAUCGUCCCAUUGAAGAUGUGAAGAAUUGCCCUGCGAGAGCAACAAUUGUAGUAUAUUGCGACAGUCUUAUUCAAUUUUUAGUGUCAUUUGUGCGAAAAGGUGGCAUCAAUUGUGGGCAAAAGAAGUGAAGAAAGUGUUUUGGUGGCCUUAUCAAAUGGCAUUUAUCACCGCGCAGAGACAAGAAACUGUGCAAUUGUCUUGGGCGUGAGAGAAUCAAGAUGACAAAGAUUGGAUAGAAAAAGACGCGGACGAGAGAAAUCAACGCAAUUUAUUGGGAAUUUACUGUGCAUACAAAUUAACACAGAGAGAUUUGCGAGAAAUCUCAUCCCAAGAUGAAGUGGCGGCGAAAGAAGGAGCAGGAGGAGCUGAAGGAUCCGGUGUAUGGAAACAACUCAAUGCCCUUCCUGGGCAAUGAGAACUUGACUUUCCAUCGCUUCUCGGACGGCACGGUGUCGGUGAGUGGUCAUCAGUUUUCCACAGAUGGAAAGCGCCCCAGUGUUUCGAGCCACCAGAGUGACUUCGCGGCGCCAAUUUGGACGACAGACACGUUUCCCAGCGCGGUGGCCACGAACAUUGAGUUCCAGUACGUGACGCCCGGCGAGCACACGAAGAAUCUCCAUGCCAACAACACCUCGACGGCGAAACUGAUGGAAUCGGCGACGGAAGAGGAUGAUCAGCCCACAGAACAGUCCAAGUGCUCGAUCUUCCGGAGCAUUGUCCUGUGCCUGUGCCUGAAUCUGACCUAUGCGAACGUGAUUCGCUUCCCACGAGAACUUCAGCGACACGGCAGUGCCUUCCUAGUGCCUUACUUCACCCUCCUCUUCAUUAUUGGGCUGCCAAUUGUGCUCCUGGAGGUGUCACUGGGCCAGUUCUUGGGCCAAGGAUCGGCUCACACAUGGCGCGCCUCGCCAGUAUUCAAAGGUGCGAGUUUUGUGGGACGAAUUGCGUCCUGGUUGAGCACGAUCUGGACAUCGCUGCAUGCGACUGUGGCCUUCCUCUACAUUGGAAUGCUCAUCUUCAAAUCUGUGCCAUUCAACUACUGUGCUAAUCUUAAGCGUCUAGACGAUGGCUACACAGCAGUGGGCAAGAGCGGCCAGGAGUGCCUCAAAUUAACAUUCCUGGUGCCAGUGUGGGAGAACACGCUCUACUUCGGUCUCCUGACCAUGGCCCUGAUCGUCCUGUGGAUCAUCUCUAUGGUGUGCACACACAGCAGCAAGGUGGUUCGGCGCACGAUUUUCAGCUUCGGUCUGAUCGCCCUCGUGAUCCUCCUGCUGCAGACAGGAUGGGAGAUAUCGCGCUCCAUCACCGAUCAGGACCUGCCGACGAUGUGGCCAUUCAAUGAAGUUCUUCUCGGCGAGAGUUCCAUCUGGUUUGAUGCCCUCGUGCAGAUGAUUCUGUCCACAAACAUUGGCUUCGGCGCCAUUCCCGUGAUUACGGGAAAGUAUUUGCACAAGAGAGAUGCCGUGAAGACCACCUUUGCCUAUGUCUGUUUCAACAUCAUCAUUACUAUGAUCGCGGUGACGUAUUUCGUGUUCCAGUUCCACAAUCCUUUCACCGGCACGACUGUCCUCUUCCCGGAAUUGGCCGCCCUCACGGCCAUCUACGAUCGCGCGCAGUCGGAGACUGAUCCUACGCUGGCCAGAGUGAUUCCGGGCAUCUCGUACCUGGGCGUGAUGAUUGUGGCUGGAAUCUCAAUUGUGAUCCACAUCUAUACCGCUUCGAGGAUCCUCAGAAGGCAUCCAAACUACACUCUCGCUUUUGCCGCCGUGAUUACGGCGAUUGUGGCACUGAUCGCACCGGAAUUUGCAGCGGCGCGACUCUUGGACAGUCGCUUCGUGGGUGCUUUCAUCGUGUGCGCCCUCAUUGUGGACAUUCUGGCUAUCAUGUGGAUCUACGGCGCCAAGAACAUCUACACGGAUCUCGAGUUUUCCAUUGGGCGACCCAUUGUGAAGGUGUGGAUUGUCUUGUGGGUCAUCGCGCCGCUUCUCCUGGCCGGGAUCCUGGCGUGGUGGGCAGUGAUAUACAUUCCAGAUGAGCUCCUGAUUGAGUACAUACCGCGCUGGCUGCCCAUCGUCAUCAGCUUCGGCGUGAUUGUGAUCGUGGCAUGCGUGGAGGUGUCCAAGCAGGUGGAUUACAAUUUCAUCAGCAUGAUUCGCGGUGCCGCGAAGCCAUCCAAAGACUGGGGACCCGCAGAUCCACUCGUGAGGCACGCGUGGAAGCAGUGGACGUCCAAGUGCGAGGAUACAGGUGAGCGUGAUUUCACGCUGAGACGCCGAGGAACCAAAGAUUACACCAACUCCAUCAAGAGAGGCCAGUAUCCGCACUCCAAGUACAACUGCCAGAACCGCACGUCAACGCCAGGCAGCAGUUCUCCCAACUAUAGUGGCUCUGUGUUCGGGGACUCGGCCAUCGAGGAGGACAUCAGCGUGGACAAGUUCCAAAACUUCCGCCAGAACACUCUGGCCACAUUCCAGCACGACAGCUCGUCACCGCGCACGUCCGAGGUGUCCAACGGCGGGCCACGGUCAGAGCUGAAUCCGCGUGAUCUGCCCGGCCGCUCGGGUCUCUACGAGAGCAACUUCGCGUCGCGCAUUGAAAUUCUGCCGCAGGACAGGCAGAACUACAAGAUCUCCCUGGUGAGGAAUCCCAUGGCGCGCGUUCAGGACGUGCCGAAUCCCAACUUCACCCAGAGGACUCCCUACCAUGACAAUUACGAUCACUUUGUGGGCGGUUACGACAAGAACGACCACAUCUGCUGGCGGAAGUACUCCGGCAAUUCGGAAGAAUACUCCACAGAGUUGUGAUUCCGGCCAGAGAGACGCUCAAAUGCCGCCCGCAAUUGGCCUAGUGAAUAGAGAAUCAUGUACAUAUUUUAUAAAUAUGAAUUUCUUCAGGAGAUUAAAGCUAUAUAUCUAUAUA